AUGAAGGGGGGGCUUGUGAGAGUUGGCUCGGGCGCGCGGAAUCCGCGCGCCCGUGGACCCGAUCGUCCGUCAGGAUCGUGCGCUCCUCUUUCGACUCUACCAGAUACACCAUGGCGGACUCGGAUCACAUGGAAACGAUUCAAAACAAGCGGCAGCGUCUUUCGGCCCUACCAAGAGCAGUAUGUCCUGAUACCAUCCGCAUUGCGCAAGGGCCGUCAUCUCCCAAGUAUGCACGUGGCAAACUAA